GAAUCCGGUCAGGCAAAACACGUCACGUAUUUUUGGCGCUCUUCGUCCUCGACAGACUCUGGCGCGUUUUUGAAAGACCGACAUACGUCAAGAAACAUGUAUUCUGUAUUCCUACUCGGACCAAUUUGGAAAUUAUCCGCGUAACGUUUUCCAGCUGGCGCCCGUAUGUCCGCGGCUGACACGUUGAAGAUGUUUGGACCACUUUUGGGACCCGCGAGGAGCGAAGCUGCUUCGAGAGGAGCGUCGACCGAAGUUUGCUAGCUUGUUGUUUUACAGUGAAAUUCAUCUGUGUGGCGGCUGCGCACACAGAUGUCCGCAUCACACAAUUAACGCUGCGUCUGUUGUUCAGCCACUCACUCGUGGAACUGAAUAAGAAACGGGAAACGGGCAAGAAGACAUUAUUUGAAGUAGCAGCAAGUUACCGUUUCACUUUAAUCGGUCUCUUAAAUGAUGGCUGGUGUUGUGGCUAUGGCAUCCGUCAUUGAGGACUUUGACACCCAGCCUUGCAAGAAAUCUCGCAAAGAUGGUGGCAGUCCUAUUGUCAAGACAAUCACAAACUAUUUCUCUCCCGUGCCCAAGCCUGCGGAGAAACCCUUUUCAUCUCCUCGCUCCAACAACAUCACUGACUACUUUGGCCAGAAGGCACCGUCCUCUAAAGAAAAGACCCCUGAACAAUUGAAAGAGAACUGUCAGACGCCUGAGUUCGCAGAAAAACGCACAGGCCCAGAGGCAGCCGUGAAACAGCAAUCUCAGAAACAGAGGAGAAAGGCCAGCAAAGCUGUGCGAAAACUUGUGGAGGCUGAAACCUUUAGCUGCGCAGAGAACAGCCCGAUUGUAGAGAAACCACAUGAUGGCAGAGACUUGGCAGCUGAAGGAAUCGGCAGCUGUGGUAUGCUGGGCAGUGAUACAGCUGCCCUCAUUGCCCAGCUUACUGCCGAGGCUUGUGUCCCUGCCACUAAGACUGUCAGUGUGGAGCCGUUUGAAGAGGAUGGUCCCAAAUGUGCGAACGAUGUCAAACUUAUUCCAGAAUUAAGCUGUGUUGAAUUAUCUCCAAUCUUACCUUCAAAAGACAAAGCAAAACAAGUAAAAACUGUUGCACGAAAUUCAAGGAAGGCAAGGCAUUCAGAACCAGAGGAGAAAGAAAAAGAGAGCUCCUUGUGUGAUGUUAGUAUGGAGGUCAAUGUGGACGAGGCCUCGAUGUUAAACAACAGCACAGUCACAAUCUCCUUUGAAGAUUUUGUGCGGAGUCAGAAGCAGGGCAGUGGGGAAGAGGACACAGAAGAUGAACAGGGUAGAGAAGACAAAAGUAAUAUCUCAACAGAGGCAGAAGAAAUGGACACUGACCAGUUGGCCAUCCCCAAAGCUAAAGAAAAUGUUGCUUCUUAUCAGUCACCGUUUCAAGUCUCACCCCGAACUGUCACCAUCCAGGCUGAAGUGCAUGUAAUCUCACUAAAACAAGAAGCAGCCAUGGCGGAGGGGAAAUUAGCUUCUAUCUUCACCAGGAGAAAAGGAUCAAUGAGCCCUGCAUCGUCUCCUCGCUUGGAGGCCGAACACCAACUUCCACCUUCCUCUCUGACCAUCAAGCGUAAAUCCAAUGUGGUUCUUCAAGAGGAGGAUCUAGAGCUGUCUGUGCUUGAGAGUGAAUCCAUGCCCAAGUGCAGUGUGGUAGAGAGGAAGCAGUUCAUGGCUGCCUUCAAACAGCCCAGUCAGGAUGGGUCCAAAGCCAAAACUGUUAAGAGCCAGAGCAAUCAGAAGCAACCCGGAGACAAGGCUGGGGAUGAUGCAGACAAAGUUACUGAAGAAGACAAUGUAAUUCCACCCUCUGUUGAGCAAGUUCCUGCUGCCUCUCAGGAAGACAAAGUAGUUAAAAAGAAACCAACCAGAAAAGUAAAAAAGAAAGCUAAAGAAGAAGAUGAAGCAACCACCACUCCAUCGGAUGAUGCUGCGGAAGAAACAGUGGUCGCAGUUGGUGACGUUGAUGAUGAUGAAAUAGAAGAGAUUCAUAUCACCUCAACUCCCUCCAUCCCGGUAGUGAGGAGGUCCAAAAGAGAAGCUGUAAUCCGGGAAGCACCGGAGCUCAUCCCAAUAAGCCCUAUCAGAAAAACCAGGAAACGCAACGAGUCGAAGGACACUGCUGCUGCUGCUGCAUCUAAUGACAGUCCUGCAAACAUGUCCACCCAAAAGAGACGCCGGUCCAAACGCACAGUCUUUGUAGCAGAGAUGGUGUGCCCACCUGACACAAAAGAAAGCCCAAUCAGAAUUAAAUUUACCAGAGUCCAUAAAAACGUUCCCACGACCAAGCCGGAAAGUGGAAGUGGCAUAAAAACUUCUUUGGCUACUAAAACAUCAAAUGAUCAGACAUCAAAAAGGAGGCAAGCAAAGAAGUUGGUGGAGAAAGCCAGAGUGAUUCAGCAGAGUAAAAAAACAGCUGACAAGGAAAAGGGCACCAUAAGACGUUCGACACGAACUGAGGCUUCCACCAAGAUGAGAUAUUGUGAAGAUGAGGAUUCUGUCAUCUGCCUGGAGGAGGACCAGACGGCUCCAGGAAAGAGUAAACGCCGGAAGCCUUUGCGCAGUCUAAAUGAAGUUCUUGGAAAAGCAUCUGUUGGCAAAGAGACCAAGGCUGUCCCAGGCUCCAAAGGGGCCUCGCUGGGCCAAGAGAAGACUGCUCGGAAGGCAUCUGCGGUGAUUUCCAUCUUUGAUGACAGCAGCUCUGAAAACUCCCAGGAUGAUGAGCAGUUCAAAGCACGCAAAGAGUUCUUGAAGAGUGGCCUGCCCGAGUCUUUCAGGAAACAGAUCGCUAAGACGGCUGCCAGCAGGGAGACCUACUCUCUCUCCUGUUCCUCCUUUCAACCAGUAAUUCACAUGAAGCAACCAUCAAACGAUUGCCCUCUCUGGAGUCUCUUGUGGCCUGAGUCUUCGUUACUGGUUCAUCUGAAAGAGAUUUGGUGCCAAACAUCCAACUCAAUUCCAUCUGUGAGCGGUUCCCUUUGUGUGAAGACGAAACCAGAACGUAGAACCUUCUUUGAACGGGGCUCUGGCUGGAGGCCUAAGAUCUCUGAAAGUGUUCGGCAGCUUCUAAUGGAGGAGGUCAGCGCCUGUAACCCUCCCUUCCCCGCUCAGUUGUUUACCACUCGCUUCCUCAAGAGACGCGCUGACCAGCAGCAGCAAAGCACAGCCUCAGAAGCAGAGGCUGUAACCAGAGUCACGAGUAUCACACUGCCGGCUGAACCAGUUGGAGGGAAGAGGAAGAGGAUGGAUGACGAGGGGGGAAUGUCUGUGAAGGUGGCCAAGAAGCAACGGGCCUACUAUGCAGAAGAAAAGAAAUCCGGGCCUGAGCCAACAAAAAGGAGGGGCCGUACCAGACGAGCAAGGAGAGCAAGUCCGGAGGAGGGGGAGAAUGAGAAAGCUCUGCCUUCAGUCGAAACUGCUCCCGUCCGGUCUGAUGAUGACGACUCUGUGGUCUUUAUUGAUGACUCGCUUUUGGGAGGGAACACUGGAAGAAAAGGUGAAAUAUCACAUUAUGUGGGAAGAGAGGACGUGCUAUGGACGGACAAAUAUCAGCCCCAGCACUCCAGUGACAUCAUAGGUAACACUGCCUCAGUGAGGAGGCUGCACAGCUGGCUAAAGGAAUGGAAACUCCGUGCAGACCGAGAAGAGAGAAAGAAGCAAAAAGACAAGAAACAAGAGGAAGGUAGCAAUGACUCGGACUGGGACUGUGGAGAAGAGGACUCCCAGGAUGGAGAGGACAUGUUGUGUAAUACGAUGCUUAUCACAGGACCGACUGGAAUAGGAAAGACUGCUGCAGUCUAUGCUUGUGCCCAGGAGCUGGGCUUCAAGGUAUUUGAGGUGAAUGCUUCAUCUCAGCGUAGUGGCCGUCUCAUUCUGUCCCAGCUGAAGGAAGCCACUCAGUCUCACCAGGUGGACAGUCAGGGGGUCAACGCCCACAAACCCACCUACUUCAACAGCUACGGCACAAGCAGCAGUGCUGGCAUUCUCAAGCUUGGAUCCUCGCCCAAAAAGGUUAACUCUCCCCGUAGAGUGGUUUCCUCUCCCAGGAAACGUCCCCAGUCCCCAAGAGGUGCUAAAAGAGGAGGUCUGGCUCCCACCUCUUUAGCGAACUUCUUCAAAACUGGUCAUCCCACCAAGGAAACACCUAAUAAGAAGAACGAACAAACAGUGGCUUCCAAGAAAGUUAUAAAAGCAAAUGAGUGUGAUAACAAGAAAAAAGACCCCAAAUCAGCUCCCACUCCUAAAGAGAAGAACAAUGAAGAACAGAGCAAGAAGACGGCCACCUCACUUAUCCUGUUUGAAGAAGUGGAUGUUAUUUUUGAUGAUGACUCUGGGUUUCUAGCUGCCAUCAAGACCUUUAUGACCACUACAAAGAGGCCGGUCAUCCUCACUACCAGCGAUCCUUCUUUCAGCACCAUGUUUGAUGGCAACUUUGAAGAGAUCCUUUUCAAAAGGCCCUCAGUGUUGGAUGUCGGCAGCUUCCUGCAGCUGUUGUGUCUGACGGAGGACACGAGAACCGACCGAGAGGACAUCGGCUCUCUGCUCAGACUCAAUGGAUGUGACAUCCGGCAGAGUUUACUGCAGCUGCAGUUCUGGGCUCGGAGCGCAGGAGGCCGCCACGUAACCAGACCAUUGACGCACACUGGCAAACAUGCUGAACUAAAGCCAGAGACUGAUGAAGAGUCUGUGUGUGCAGUGACUGACACUCUUCCUCCCUGUGACACCGGCUGCACUGACAGCAUGCUGGGUCUGCUGAACGUUGAACCUGAGGGAGACAUUUGGGAGCGGCUCCGGAGUCCGGUGGAGGAGAUGUUGUGCUGGGAGCUGCUGGCCAAUAGCAAGCGACGAGGAGUGGACCUGCUCUAUUCCAACUUUGAGACACUCUUACCUCUACCGCACACACAGUUGACUACCUCCACCUUCAAACCAGGGCAAUUUGUUUCUGCAUCGCAAGACCAUACUUCUGCUAAUCCAAAAGAGAUGCCUCCACAUGCAGGAUCGCUGCAUGCGGCGGAGUCAGCGGAGUGCUCGGACGACAGCAGUCCAAUCAAAAUGUCCCAUAGAAUGAGGAAGAGCAAGAAGCGGCACAGUUUACCCGACCAGGAUGGACUGCACUCUGACUCAGAAGACAGUUUUCUAUCUCUCUGCAAGCCGCAGGACGCCACUCGGGCAAAAGAGGACGUCAAAAGGAGUUUAGUUUCAGAGGCGGUAAAGAGAAAGCCACUGACUCCUGAGGAGCGGGUAAAAAAUCUCCCGAUCUCCCAGUGUCUAGAAUCAAUAGCUGACUUUUUUGACAACAUGUCGUACAUGGACUCUUUGAUGGUUCAUCCAGAAGGGGUCGACAAUCCAAAACGGAUGUCACCGGUAGGUGCAGUGGUGAAAGACGGGAUGACGGACGAGUCGAGGGCUGAGAUUGACCGGGGGAGCUGGGAAAGAGUAAAGCACGUCUUGGAGAUCCCGGCUGCUGUGGAGGCUCUGAGCUUCCACAAGUGUCAGGUUUCAGUAGCGGCGGCUUGGGACAAGGUCCAACAGCUAGAGGGCGAGGUGGGACAGGAGGCUGCAGCAGAACUCACCCUCCCUGUGGCCGCUCAUCAAGAAGGUUACAGCUUCACUCAGGACGGUCCCAGUCAACCACAGCUGGUCCAGCGGAGGAGAGAGGUGAUGGAGAGUUUGAUGCUCAGAGGAGUGUUUGGUACUCCGGCCAACAGACCAGCAGCGGCUCUGGACUACUUGCCAGCCCUUCGCACCAUCUGCAGAUCAGAGCAGCUUAAGGAGCAGGGCAAAGUUAAACGAAGGUUCCUGCACUACCUAGAUGCGAUCCACCUGGGUCUUGAAAAGAGCACUCAACAGCAGCUUGCUGAAGACUUCCCCUGAAGCAGAGAGGAGAUCAGACGUGUCUUCCUGAUCACACAGAGGCCCGAAACAAACAUUCCCUUCCGAGUGGUAACACUUAUAAGGUCCAUGCGUUUUGGCUACAGACUUGUAGGAAGGAACAUUUUUACAGUUAGUGUUGUGAUACGAGGAGGUCAGGCAGCAACAUAUUUCACUGUUGCCUUUUGUCUCUUUAUGAUCAUGACCUCGACGUUAGAUGAGCGGGUCAGCGCUGCGUGUGCAAAGAGGACAGUCGGGUUCCACAUAUUUCUUCUGAGAUGGAAAUGACUGAAUUCUGAAGGCAUUCUCACCUGAAGGGCUCACGGCUAAUUGACCACAAAUGCUGUCUCAUUCAGCGCAUCUUGUGGUGCUUUCAAAGAAUGCAAUAAAGAUUUUUACUUUAUAUGAUUUUUAUAAUAUUAAGCCGUGUGUCUUUCUUGUACAAUAGUGUUUUAUACGUCGACGCCUCUUCUUAAUUUGCUUUGCAUCUCGCAAAGUGUUUUUAUCUCGUAGAAGUUUAUUUUGCGAAGCGUGUAUCAAUAAUGUAAGAGAUUAACGUGUAAAAUAGAAUUUGUAAAGGCGGUGUGAAAGAUCUGCUGUAUUCGUCAGUUUCUUUUUUUUUUAAAUGUAUUUUUCAGUCCUAAGUAGUACACAUUAUUCACAGUGGGUAUCUGUUGUGACAACUAAAUAAAGAAACGGUGUCACCGUGUAUGUGCAUUA